UUGAAGGUUAGAAAAAUGUCCCGAGCACAAGCUGAAAGCGUUAUUAAAAACAUAAUACGCGAAAUAGCAGCACAAUGUGCAAACAAAGGACGCGCUGUGUCUGAAACACUCGCUGCUUUCAUGGUGAAAGCGGUUGUUUUAGAUCCAAGAAAUCAUUUUAAUGUUGACCGGACUCUGACAAAGCAGGAUGUGGAAAAACUGAUCCAGCUGUGUGUGGACAGGUUGCUGGAUGAGAAAAGUCCUUCUCUGGAUACCAUUAAAAUGCAGGUUCAUUUUGACAUGAACUACACCUCUCGACGUGAGUUUGUGGAUGAGCACCAGAAGGUUUUCCAGGUGAAGCUGGUGCCUGUGUGCCGUGAGAUCACGGACAGCAGGGCCAAGUCCCGAGAGGAACUGGAUUCUCUUUACCGUAAGAUCGUUAGCUAUGUGUUGUUACGCUCUGGCCUUGGCUCGGCCACUGAUAUCACCAGCGUACGAGAGACCACAGCUGCACUGCAGAGUGUUUUCCCUCCGUCAGAGCUGGCCACAUUCAUGUCUCUGCUCAGACAGGACAAGGAACAGCAGCUGAAUGAGCUCACCAUGAUCGUUACAGGGAUUCGUCUCUUCAACAAGGACAGCGGCAAAGGAGGAGAGAGCAUCGAGGACCUGCCUGCCAUCCUGAACAAAGUCCUGCCUGCCACCAGCCGAGACAUCGAAAGCGAGCUGAAAGGGACGCAGCGCUUAGCCUGGCGCUACACGGCUCUGCUGGAAAAACAACCUGGACCUGAUAAUCAAGAUGUUUUAAACCCUGACCUGCUCUUACAGGCCCUGUACAACGUACGCCAGCAUGAAGCCUUCCUCAAACUCAUCCUGGCUGAUGUGAUUCUGAGUGCAAAGCAAGUGGAUGAUUUACAGACUGAUUUCACAGAGAGGAUGAGAUUGUUGAAGACUACAGUUCAUGCCAAAACUGCUGUUCCCACCUCCCAAGUGUUUCCUUAUUUCACUGCGCUGGCUAAGCUGUGGGCUGGGCUGCAGAAUGAGAUGCUUCUGCUGGAUAUGCUUAGUAAAGUUGUAUCAAGCCUAAGGCAGUUCCUGACGGCCCAGUUUCAACUGCUGAAAAGUCCUCAGAUGGAUCAGCUUCUCGAGGAGGAUACCAUAAAAACAGACAUGGACAGAGCUGCAGAGAGCUCAGAGGAGCGAGUCGAUCCAGUGGAGAUGAAUUCCUGCGAAUGGUUCCUGCCUGAGACCACGGCUAACUUUGACAAGCUCCCGCUACAGUACAGGGGCAUGUGCGGAUACACCCUCAUAACAAAGAACGGCCUCCUGUUGCCAGGCAAUCCAAGCAUUGGUGUUCUGAAACACAGGGAGAAAUUCUACAGCUUCAGCUCCAAACAUGCUGCAUAUCAGUUCGCUUCGAGACCAGAUGAGUGUAUUGAGCUUGUAGCCGAGAUAGCAAAAAGAUCUCCAGAACUGAUCCAGCUACUAGAGCUCCACCAGCAGUUUACCAGCAUUGACCAAUAUUCUCAGAUACAGUCAGGAGAAAGAUUACUGGUAAAACCUAUUUGUAAAAAAGACAGCAGCACACAGACAGACACACACCUGCUGGAGAGCAACAUUGUCAGAUCUUAUGAGUGGAACGAGUGGGAGCUCAGACGAAAAGCCAUCAAACUGGCAAACCUGCGCAGUAAAGUAACCCACUCAAUGCAGACCGACCUGAGCCACAUGAGAAGAAAUAACAGCACCCAGACGUUCAUCCCCAAGGACGCCGCCUGCCAGACAAAAAGGGAUGGCCAGAGUGAUGUACCAAAACCCCAAAUCUACCUGGCUGGCUUGAGAGGAGGAGGAACUUCAACCACCUGCAUGACCAAAGUUGAUUUAACUAGAGCUGUCGAUGAAUAAAACCGUGCUGAUAUACAGUAAAA